UGAGGCUGCGCCGAGCGACAAACCCAGAUCCCGGAAGUGCCCCUGCUUCAGUUUUCGCGCCGAGCCUGGGACACAAAGUCUGAACCCCCUGCUGUUCUGAGUUCCUGGACCCCCGAGGUGGGACGUUCUCACCUUAGCUCCGCGGCUGACGGAGAGACUUUCCUCCGACAGCGGGACGAGAGGGUUUCUUGUCCCCCCGCAUCCGGGACCCCAGCGGCCGCUGCUGCAGAGGAAAACAGGUUUGAGUGCUCCAACAUUCAUCAGAAAUUACUGAAAGUUAAGGUGGACUGAAGUUACCAAUCUCAGCACUGGUGAAAAUUACAUCUGAAAUGUUCUAUAAUUGUGAUGCAGCUGAAGGAUGGGAAGAAGGCUAUCACCUAUAAAGCUAACUGGAAUGCUGAUGUAUUAAAAACAUUCCUGAAUAAAACUUUUCAUCAGCAAAAGGAGUCUGAGAAAGCAUUGGAUGCUUAUCACUCAGACUGUCUGAGAGUGAAAAACCAGAGGAAGAUUGUUGAUGGCAGAACUUUGACAAUGCAAACAAUGGAAUCGGUGACCUUCAAUGAUGUAGCUAUAGAUUUUGACGCAGAAGAGUGGGCCUUGAUGGACACAACACAGAGAAACCUGUUCAGACAUGUUAUGCUGGAGAGUAUCCAUCAUCUGGUGUCUGUGGGGUAUCAGCUCUGCAAAUCAGAAGUGGUUUCCCAGUUGGAACAAGGAGAGGAACUGUGGAGAGAAGGAUUAGGAUUUCUCCAAGGACAGAGUACAAGCAGACAAAAUCACCAUAGAAAAGAAGAAAUGAUAAUUAUGCCAGGUAUCUGCAAUAAGAACAAAUAUACCGCCCAGUCAAAGCAGCAGAUUUCUAACAUUGGAGAGGAUGCCUUCGGAAGUAUUGAUUUGGGAGAGGAUUUAAUUCACUCAAGAUUGGCUGACGUGGAAACAAAGCCCUAUCUAAAUGAACAAUAUCAAAAAACUAUCAAUUACCAGUCAUUCUUUAGUAGACAUAAGCAAAUUCAGACAGGAAAUAAUUCAUAUGACUUUCAUCUAUAUGGAAAAGCCCUUAGAAAUAUUUCUGUCCAUAGACAGCAUGAGAGAACUUGCACUGGAGAGAAACAAUAUGCCUGCCGUCUGUGUGGGAAAUCCUUCAUUCGUUGUUGUAACCUUAAGUUACAUGAGAGAAGUCACACUGGGGAGAAAGCAUGUGUCUGCCAUCAAUGUGGGAAAAUCUUUACUCAUAAUUCUAUGCUCAGAAAACAUAUGAGAUCUCACAAUGGGGAGAAACCAUACAUUUGCCAUCUGUGUGGGAAAUCCUAUAAGUAUCGUGUUAACCUUAGGGACCAUGAGAAAUCGCACACAGGGGAGAAACCAUAUGUCUGCCAUCUAUGUGGGAAAUCCUAUAAGUAUCGUGCUACCCUUAAGGACCAUGAGAAAUCUCACACAGGGGAGAAACCAUAUGUCUGCCAUCUAUGUGGGAAAGACUUCAGUCGUAGAACUGCCCUCACACCACACGUGAGAACUCACACUGGGGAGAAGCCAUACAUCUGCCUUGUAUGUGGGAAAUCCUUCUGUCAACGUUCUCACCUCAAGGGGCAUGAGAGAACUCACACUGGGGAAAAACCGUAUGUAUGCCAUCUAUGUGGGAAAGGCUUCCCUCGUUGUAGUGAACUCAGACGACAUGAAAGAAUUCACACUGGGGAGAAACCAUACAACUGCCAACGAUGUGGGAAAUCAUUCAGUCAUUCUGGUGGCCUUCGAAAACAUGAGAGUACUCACACUGUGGGGAUUCCAUACAUCUGCCAUGUAUGUGGGAAAUCGUUCAGUCAGUCUAGUAGCCUUAGGAAACAUGAGAGAACUCACACUGAGAAGAUACCAUACAUCUGCAGUGUAUGUGGGAAAUCCUUCAGUAAAAGUGGUCGACUUAGGCAACAUGGGAGAACUCACACUAGGGAGAAACCAAAUGUCUGCCAUUUAUCAGGUAAUCCUUCAGUCAAUGUGGUUCCUUUAGGCAACUUGGGAGAACUCACACUGGGAAGAAAUCAUAUGUUGGCUUUUUUUGUGGGGAAGACUUCACUGAUAGAGUGACCCUCAGACAACACAAAAUAAUUAACACUGGGGAGAAAACAUGUCUGCCAUCUAUUUGGGAAAACUAUUAGACAUAAUUCUAUCAUUAGGAAUAUCAUAGAACUCAUUUACUAUGCUGUACAUAUAGAAGAGCUCUUAGAGCUACCAACUUUAAAAAGAAAAAAAAAUAAAAAACCCACACAGUAAUGUAAAUCCCUGUCAAUAUAAUCAACGUCUAAUUGCCCUUAUUUACAAUCUGUUCUUAAAUAACAUGAUUACACUAUCCUGGGAAAAACACUAUGUAAUUACAUAUGAUAAAUUUCAGCUGAGCUCCAGUCUUGGUGGAUAGAAGAACAGCUCAGAGUAGGAAUAACUCCAAAACAAGAAAACUGGGUAGGAAAGACAUUAUCAGUGGGAGGAAACUUUAGGAGAACUCUAGGAGAUAAUUAUUGAUGGAACAAUAAUUCAGACAUGGAAUGUGUGAAAUUCUUUGCUUACACAGCAAUGUGUGGAAUAUAUGUGAAGUCUCACAUUUUAUAAAAUAUUCUCUGUAUAUAUAUAUAUAUAUAUAUAUAUAGAGAGAGAGAGAGAGAGAGGGAGAAUGAAGAAAAGUCUUUGUUGGCUUUGAAUUUAUUCAUCAGUAUUUAAUUUCCCAUACUGAGGUAAUGUCAACCCUAAAAUGAAAUCACAAAGUUUUCAGCUGGAGGUCACAUCACGAAUAUCAGACAGGGAAAAACAUCUAACAAGAAUGCUUUACAACACAAUUCAACCAUGAAUUCAGUUUUGCCUGAAAAAUUAAAACUAGGAUUGUGAAGUGAUCUGGGAAUGCUGAAUGCAGUAUUUUUUAAUGAGUUGUAGGGAAGGAAUUGAAAGUUUUUCUCAAUACACUUGCAAAUAAUUAUGAAGUAAAAGCUGUAGCUGAACAUUCUAUAAUGUUCAGCUUCUGUUUUUUUCACAUCUACAUGUAAAUAUGACUGUUAAACCAGAGAACUUUGAAUGUUAACUGAAGAAUGUACAGACCAAGAUUAUGUGUCAUAAAUAUUAUAUACUUUGAACAGGUAUGCAUAUAGCAAAGAUGAAUAGAAUAUAAAUAAAUAGAUAACUUGGGAUUAA